AUGGCAUCCACAGAAACACCAGCACCGAAACUGUUCGCUCGCGACAUCGUCGCUUAUAACGAUGAGGAACUGGACCGAUACCUGGAAGAGAACGGAAGAGCCGUCGCGGUGGAGGACCCAGACAAUCUCCCAGAGGAGUUCAUUCAGAGAUUAAGAGAUCGGGUACGCCGCGAGAACGAAACGGCCGCAUCUCACCCUAUCGAUCUUGAUCAAGUUGCCGCUCGACUUGAACGACUUCAAGAACAAUCGCGUCGAUCGCCCUCCCUCCCAACAACGGCAUCCUAUCAUGAAGAGGAAGAAUAUCGCGAGGAUCUACGACUCCAACGGGGAAUGUACAAGAUGCUUGUUGACGAUGGCGGCCGGCCUUCACAUCCCCUGAGUCGGCUUGAGGAUAUCGUCGAGAAUCCUGGAGAAUACCGCGAAAUUCUAACCUUCUGGCAAGGUACAUACCCGAGGGAGGAUGAUUGGAGAGUAUUUGGUAGGCAAUGGUCGAGAUGGCGAGCUUUCCGUGGACUCCAACGAUUUGCAAGAGGACAAAGAGGCUACGAUUAUUGGCGAAGUCUUUGGGAGGAGAAAUGUGCGCUUCAGAAGUUCUCCUGCCCCGAGGUCGAAGAAAAUUCUGAAGAGAACUGGCAACAUACUUGGCGGCUGCAUCAGGAACAUCAUGAUAAUCACGUACAGCUCGGCUCAUCGUACAUGCCCUGGAGACUGUUCAUCAAGCGCAAAGGGCAAACAAUAAGCCAGCAGGGCUUUCCGGAAUAUGCCGAAGCGCUGAAGGAACGACUGGCAAGCCAUGGCUUCACUCGGCCGUUCCAGCUCGACGAGGAUGCCGCCCGGCAGGACAAGAUGACGACCUGGAUCGAAUAUCUUGGCUACGAGUACUGGUGGUACGAUUACCAUACAGGUAUUGUGAGGAGAUACCAGAGACGACACGACGAUGCCUGGAAGGAACUGGUUGACUCGAACGUGCUAAGACCCGGGGAGACGGAGGAAGGCAUAUGCAAUCGCGACGACCCUUUCGAAGAUGUGAAUAAGCAGAAGAUGGCUGAGAGGGCGAUGGAUGCUGCGAAAUCAGCUGUGUCCUCGGCAGAGACGGCCAUGGCUUACCCCGGAAAGUACAAAGGCUCCCCACAGAUACUCAAAGAACGCCUGUUGGCAGCACGAUCCCAGCUGGAGGCGGCACAGGCCGAAUACGAGUCGAUUAAGAGACGCAUUGAUUGUAUUGGUAGAUUCCAUAGACGGACAAGAGAGUACCAGAUUGCUAAGCGAGAUGCUGAACGCCACGAACUACUACUGCGAUGGAUGCUUGAGCAGGUUCCCCUGAUUGAGGCCGAGCUGAAUCCGCCGAACGAUUGUGGGUCACACAAAAGAGAUAGAAGCAAGGUGCUCAAACGCCAGCGUAAUCCAUCAGAAGGGGUCGAUGAAAAUUCCCAACAGCAGAGCCGCGACGGAAGCGUGAACGGCCCCAGCCCGGACCGACCUGCAGCCACGGUUCCCAGUUUCCAAGAGCCGUCUCCUAAGCGGCUAAGGCGCACUGCCAAUCCCUCACACACCGCAGUAUCCGAUCCCGGAGAUCCAAAUGUAGCGAGCGGAACAUUUGGCUCAAAGAAGGAUUGCGCACCUCAGAAGAGGAAAGGCCAAGCGUCCUCAGAUCAGUCGCCAACAUUGAAACCUUUACGCCGCAGUGCCAGGAUAGCGGAAAGAGCACAGAGAAUGAAUGCCGCAUUGGAACCUUCACCCCGCAGUGCCGGGAUAGCGGAAAGGGCACAGAGAAUGAAUGCCGCAUUGGAACCUUCACGCCGCAGUGCCAGGAUAGCGGAAAGAGCACAGAGACUGAAUGCCGCUGCAACCACAGCCACCACACUGACACAGACACCCGCAGCUGCACUGUCAAAGCCGUCGAAAAAGCGCAGAGCGAAGCAAGGGGGCACUAAAAAGUCCAGUCGACCGCGCACCUCGAAGCCGCGGGGUGCAGGAAAGAAGGGCCGAACCCGUUCGUAA